AUGGUCAUGACAAAGUUUGGCCUCGAGGGCAAACUCCACGAAGAACAUCGAAUGAUCAAAGACGGUGUAUUGAGAGAAGAUAACCCUCUUGAUCAAACCCAAGAGUUCAAUGACUUCCUUGUUGCGUGCCGUCAUGGCGACCUCCGGAAAUGCCAAGAGCUUAUGAACACGGGCGUGAAUAUCAACGGCAAAGAUAGAUUCGACUAUACGCCGCUAAUUAUUGCUAGCCUUUGUGGCCACUAUGAACUGGUGCAAUUACUGCUAGAAGCUGGAGCCCUCGCAGAAAGAAAUACCUUUCAAGGAGAAAGAUGUAUUUAUAAUGCCUUGAACGACCGGAUACGAAACCUGCUACUCAAGUACGACUUUUCCAAGUCGUCUGAUCCUUUUGUCUACUGGUCCUCGCACAUAACCGCUCUCAUGUCCAUGAAGACACCCAAGACCUCCGACAUUACGCUAACCUCGGACAAUCGCUCGUUUGAGCUGCACAAAUUUCUUCUCUCAGCCCGGUCUCCGUACUUUCGCAAAAAGCUCGAGGCGCAGCCCGACACGGAGGUUUGGAAACUCGCGACGGCGAUCCCGGACGAGUCAUUUCACCUCGUCUUCCAGUACAUCUAUCUGGGCGACAUGCCCAGCGAUCUCUCAUCUACCAGAAGCAAUGUGUCGGACGAGGCCAUCCUGACAGGCGUCGAUAAGAUCAGCAAGCAGCUGGAAAUCGACCACCUGUGGGAAGCUAUCCUCGAGGGCAACGACCGCCGUCUUGCGCGCCAGCGCCAUCAGGACGAAGUUGGGCGCGCCCUGAAACAGGUCAGCGACUUUUUCCAAGACAGCAUCAUCGGUCACAAGAUGGUCGUUGACACCGAUCGUGUCGACGAGGUCACCUGGAAACAUGGCAACUCCAUCUUUGCCGACGUGUUGCUCCGCGCCGACGAACCCGAGCACGAUGCGGACGAGAGCGACGCGACUCCGCCGGCCGCCACGUCAACUCCCAGCACGCCGCCCAGCAUCCCCAUCGGGCCCUCCAUUCCCACCGCGGCGCCGGCGCGCACGUCGGUGCUGUACCCCGCGCACAAAGCGAUGCUCAUCCGCAGUGACUACUUUCGGCGCAUGUUCUCGGGCGAGUUCGUCGAGGCGCGGCGCGCGGACUGCCUGCGCGUGGUGACGGUCGACUGCAGCCCCGCGGUACUCGAGCUCGUGCUCGCGUUCCUGUACACGGAGACGGUGGCGUGCCCGCUCGAGCACGCACUCGAGCUCCUAUACGCCGCCGACAUGCUCUUCCUCGACACCCUCAAGACCAAGGCGGCCGUCGCGAUCAGCACCCUCGGCAGCGGCCGUAGCAACGCGCUCGUCGACCGCACCCACGGCGGCAGGAGUCACGACAAAUCCCCGCCGCCGCGUCGCAAUGGAGCAGUACCCGAGACCCCAAGCGCCGCCGCCGACGACGACGAAGUCGAGCCCAUCAACAUCUACGACGUCAUCCACGCCGCCUGGGACCUGCGUGUGCAGCGCCUCGAAGAGUUCGCCGCGCGCUACCUCGCCCACCGUCUCGAGGACUACAUUGACGACGCCGAGUUCCAGGAGCUUAUCCGCGCGAGCGCCGACCGCAUCCGCGCCCGCGAGGAGACGGACACGAUUGAACUGCUCGACGAUAUCCGGUACUACCUCUCGGAGCGCUUCCGUCUGCGCUUCGAGGACACCAACCUCGACGACAUGCUCAACGGGGAGGGCGAGGUGUCGGCCGACGGCGCACAGGGGGUUUCAGAUGGCGUCGCAGACUCUGCUGCGGCUGCGGCUGCGGCUGCUGCGAGUGGCGUGCGCACACUGGACGGGGAGGCGGCCGAGGAUGAGUUCUUGUCCGACGCCAUCAACUACCAGGUCCUGCUGGGCAAGAUUGACAGCAUGCUGGAGCGGCUGAAUCUUGACGCCUAA